AUGCCGCAUCUUUCUUCUUCCCGCAACGUCUCCCCACACACAUGUAUAUACCACCCAAAUACCAACAACCAACCACCAACAUACCCAGCCGGGCAAAAUGUCGCCCACACUCAGUCUCACAUUAGCGGGAUACUCCGACCUAGAUGGGAAGAUUCUUUGAGCACACAAUGUGUUCCACUUCGUGUCACCUCGUUAGGAGUCUCGUACGAAGUUCAGGGAACUGGCUCGUAG